AUGCCUGGACCACCGUCUCGUGUCCGUGUGCCUUGCACAUUUCCAGGAUGCGGUCGCACAUUUGGAUCUGAUGCAGAGAUGAAAAAACACAAAAUCUCUGAUCUGGAACAUGAAUACUGCAGCAGAUGCGAUGAGGAUUUCCAGGAUGAGGAGAGGCUGCUCAUUCAUAAGAUCAAAAGCAACAAACACAUUAUCUGCCCGAUCUGUGGUUCGGAGUUUCGCAGUGAGAGUGGCCGUGACCACCAUAUCAUGCAGAACCAUCGCACGGAACAAGAUCUGACCUGCUAUUGCCAAGCCAAGUUCAAGAGUGGAGCGACAAUGAUAAAUCAUAUCGACAAAAACGAAUGUCCAGUGGUUAGCUCGACUCAGUUGGUGAAGGAGCGCGCCAGGAAGACGGCCUUUAGAUACGCCCUGGAGGCCAGUGAGCUAAGGGCCUCCCUGGCACCUGGCUCUGAAUCUGAUGAUGAUCGUGAGGCCAGUGGGGGUGUGAGUCUUAGCAACGUUGCGCGUCUCAAUAAGGAGGCCAUCAAUAAUCAGCCGAAAUCAGACGAUGGCAACAGAUCCGCUGCAUCUACCAAGCUAUCGCUGAAGCAUUGGCCCAGGCUCGGAGAACAGAGGCAAAGCCAGAUGACAUCCGAGUCCAGUGACCUCAUGGCGUUCUCUGAACUUUCCAUCGACCAUAAGGGAAAGGAGAACAAGGGAGUUCUGGAUCAGCAAGACGGAGAGUCUACUGCCGGUAGGAGCAAGAACUCUUCGGAUUCUUGGAGGCACGAAGGCUCUCAGGCGGGUAUGACUCUGUCGGAUCCUACUAAUCCCACUCGAAAGCUUCCAACUGCUGGCCAGGUACUUCAUACCCUUUUCGGUCAUUGGGACGCAACUGUGUACUUCGACUCUUUCGUCGGGCGCUACAGAUGCCCGUGCGGCUGCGGGUACUUUGACGACGCAAGGUCUUUUGAAGAACACCUUUUGAUCAGGACCAAUAUUGCGUCGAGGGUGCGCUGUCCACGAUGCAUGCGUGUUUUCAAGGCGACUGCCGCGCUGGUGGCUCACUGCGAGUCAGCAACAACUCGCUGCAAUAUCAGAUACAUGGAUAACUAUGCGCAGCUCAUCGGAGAGAUCACCGGUGGUGUUAUCGAGCCGAACGGCUAUCUGAACGAUGGCACUAUCAAGUUCGAGACAGGAACUCUGACGGAAAUGCCGAAGAACACCACUAUUGGCGUUGAUUUGGAUAAGGUGGUUAAGGGCAGACUCCCGUAG